AUGGACCUCUUUCAAGUAGAGCUCGACUCCGAAGGAGACGUCGUGGGUUUCAGCUUCUUGCCCAACUCAUCCUUUGAACCCAGCCAAGACAUCAUAUCGUGGCAGAUGCGGCAGGCUGUCAGUUCGGUGCCCCUGCCCAACAUCUUCUACCAUUUGAUGUACGGCAUUCACUACAACCCCAGCGACCCGCUGCUGAAGAACGCGGGACUUCAUCCUGUCGACGUGAAGACUUUGAUGCAUUACUUUCCUGCCCCUUUUCUGCUGUACGAAGACGUACACUACGAGAAGUGUCAACAAAUCCUCGCCGAUCUUUCCGCCAUCGGCCUCUCCGACAAGGAAAAGGCCGAGUUCCUGUCUCUUCUUUGCGCUAUUCUUGUAGCAGACGUCGUGAGUUAUAAGAUACAAAACGAGCUCCCGGCAGAAGCGGAAGAAGUAGAAAAGGAGGAGGAAGCCCCCGUGCCAGCGGCGCCGAGGGUGAGGCGCAUAACAAAGCAAAGCGGCCAGACACUUGAGCGCACACUCAUGGUAGGCAAGAAGUCGGCGAUGAAUUUGGCUGGUCUCGACAUUAUCAAUCUGCUGGCGAGUCUCCUAGGCGUUGACGAGACGGUAAUGCGAGACAUCUGCUUGGGGACAGACGCCUGGCAGGUGCGGUAUUUGGCCCUCAAGCUUUUUGUGCGUGUGCGUUGGUGGCUACUGGGAAUCAUCAGUCAAAGUCUGCGGCUAUCCAAGAAGACGGAUGUUCACAAAGACUGUUACAUUGCAACGCCGACAGGCCUUUUGCCGCAGCCCAGCAAGCUGUUGGGCCUUGGCGGUGUCAGUGAACCGCCGUGGCUUUCAUGA